ACUUCCACGGAGAUGAGAGGCCGAUUCGCGGCGGAGAGGCGUCCUCCUUCCGCGUCCGCACGGGAGGGGAAGAUCCUGUCGGAAUCGGCAUCCUCCCCUCCCUUCCGCUGCAGUGCCCACGCUCUACCCCCAGCAGCAACCGCUGCGGGAGGUGGACGUGGUUGGGUUUGGAGGGAACUGCCGCAGCGGGAGGAGAUCAAGAGCUCUCCAAUCUUCCAUUCCCCUUGGACUGCCACUUGUUUCGGUUCGUGUUGAACUUGAAAUAGGUUAGAUAAAUAAAUGGGAGUCCAAGAAGAUUCUAGGCCUUCUGGGGCCCUGGGUGGCCUGUACGGGGUACAGUUUGCGGGCCGGGCACUAUACAGUGACGACGUAGCAGUCAAAACUAGCAUUGUGGAUUCUUCAACUUGUGAACCGCAAGUGGAUAAUGGCCGGAGCCGGCGUUUGCUAAUCUGGAGAUUAUGGAAACAGAGACCCCCAUGCUUGAAGCCCGUCCACUGUAGCCUCUCAUGCGAUAAACAUGUUGGCGAAACUAUUGCAAAUGUUGUUACCUCACUUCCUUUCAUUGUUCUUGGACUGCAAACACCAAGAAAGAACUUGAAUACAGCACUUUAUGCUAACUCAUUAAUUGGAGUUGGAAUAGCUUCUAGCUUGUACCAUACUUCACGAGGAGAGAUCAGAAAAUAUUUGAGAUGGGCAGACUACACAAUGAUUGCCACUUCAACACUAUGCUUAUCAAGAGCUCUUCGGGAUGAGAAUCCAAAAUUUCUAAUGGCAGCAUCAACAUUGCUCCUACCAUUUCAACCCCUGAUGGUUUCAGCUGUCCACACUGGGAUAAUGGAGGUUUCAUUUGCUAAAAGAGCAUCAAUAGAUCCAGAGCUCAAGACGGCACAUAACCUACACAAGAUGUCGUCUCUCUUGGGAGGUGCGCUAUUCAUCGCUGAUGAUGUCUUCCCACAAACUUCAUAUCUCCAUGCAGCAUGGCAUCUAGCUGCAGCGCUGGGUGUUGGCACAUGCAAUAAGCUGCUUGAGGGACGAAGCAGGCGAGAUGCGAGAUGAGUCCAAGAUGACCUUCAACCUUGCUGUAACUGCUGUUAUCAACAAGCUGUUGAUAGCGAUAUAUCAACAUAUCCUCACUAAAUUCAGAGUACAGUGCACUUCCAUUGUUUGAUGUUGAGCCCGAACAUUGGAGCAAUCCUUGAGGCAGAUUAGUGCAUCAGAUAUUAGAUUAUGUGGCAUCAGUUUGUGCCUGUAUUUGUUGUAUGCUAUUGUGUAUUGUUUGUGCCAACAUAAACUAUACUGUUUCGAAGUUGGUUGUGUACAUAUAUAGAAACUUUGGAACGUUUGGAUUCUAUUAAACAGAAAAUCAAUUGAAAUUGAGCAUCAUACUUUC